AUGAAGUAUAGCAAAGAAAAAGAGAGAAUUGAUGAGAUUCGAAGGCUAAAGCAGAAACGUGAAGAGCUCUUAUUCGCACUACAGGAGGCUGAGAGGCGGUAUGAUCUAGCCAAAGCUGCAAACCUACGAUAUGGUGCAAUUGAAGAGGUGGAGACUGCCAUAAAAAACCUUGAAGAAGGUUUAACAGUAGUGCAUUUUGUUUCAGUGGAUGACUUGAGAGCAAAUACAAAAUAUUCUGGAUAUAGUGCUGCAUCGCCGGCUAUUCAAUGGUUUUGGGAGGUUGUCCAAGAUUUAAGCAAAGAAGACAAGGCUCGGCUUUUGCAAUUUGUGACUGGCACGUCCAAGGUGCCUUUGGAAGGUUUUAGUGCUCUUCAUGGAAUUUCAGGCUCCCAGAAGUUUCAGACACAUAAAGCAUAUGGAAGUCCUGAUCACUUGCCUUCUGCUCAUACUUGUUUCAAUCAAUUGGAUUUGCCGGCGUAUCCAUCUAAACAACAUUUGGAAGAGAGGUUACUGCUAGCGAUUCACGAAGCAAGUGAGGGAUUUGGAUUUGGUUAAAAUGUUUUACGUUUUAUAGUAGGAGUUUUUUCAGAAUAUAAUGGAACAGUGUACCAGUUUAUUAUCCCAGGAUGUCAAACGGUUCAUUAGUAGCUUGGUUGUUUGAGUAUUUUUAGUAAUGUGACUAUGUAAGUACUUGUUA